UUUUUUUUUGAGGAGUAAACGGUCAGAUGACUCGGACAGAACAGAGAAAUAGAAGAAGUGGAGGAAGAAGACGACACAGUGAAACAGAACGGAAGCGAAGCAGAGCAGAGAACAAGAUCCCAUCAAGAACGAACCUCAGAGCUCCCAACCGGCGUCAAUGGAGGACGACAUAGACUCCCUCUUCGAGGGCAUGGUCCUCUUCACUCCUUCCCAGCUUUCAGACCCUUCUCCUGCUCCCCAGCCCCAGCCCAUCGACCCGUCACCUCCACCUCCACCUCCACCUGAUCCCCCGGCGGCGUCUUCCUCUUCGGAGCCGCUCGACGAGAACCUCUUCUCCGACCUCACACUCGUCACUCCUCUCCCGGGCUUGCCCGAGAACGGCCACGAAGAGCCCCAGCUGAGCUCCUCUGCCCCGAUCGAAUCGCCGGCCGCUGGCAAUUCGGUCAAAGCGAGAGAGGCAGCUCCACCCUCGGCGGUGUCUCGACAGUUCUCGCGGAAGAAGAAGAAAGCUGCCGGGUUAAGGAUCGGAUACGGGAGGCAUGAGAUCGAACAAGAGCCGCCUCCACCUCCUUCCCCUUCUGCUUCUUCUUCUGUUCCGAUCGAUGCUGCCUCUGCCAAUUCACCGGACGUCAGAUCAAAGGAAGAUACUUUAUCCACAGUUUCGCUCAAUUCUCUGUCUGAUAGAGCAGAGCAAGGCGAUUCCAUCCCUUCCAUUCCGACAGCAAAGAUCGAUCAUGAGGAGCUGCGGCCUCCUCCUACUUCGGAGGAGACAAAAUCCGAACAUGAAUCAAUCGAUACAGGUGAAGGCUAUGACGAUCAUCCGAAGGGGAACGAUGAAUCGAUCGAGACAAAAUUCGAUAGAAUCAAGGCUGAGAUUUCUGAGAAGCUCGAGCAGGCUCGGGAACUGGUGGCAGCCUUAUCCGUGGCAAAGAAGGAGGCCAUAAGGAAGAGAAGGAAAGCUGCUGAGAGGGUGAACUCGGCUUCCGCGAGGCUGAAGGAGCUCGAGAGGAGCUUGGAGGAGGCGUGCGAAGCCGAGGAUUUUGAAACAGCGGAGAAAUUGAGCGAAAGCAUUGCAGGCGCUGACAAGGAGAAGGAGGCUUUAGUGGAUGCCCUGAGAGAUGCAGAAGCUGAGUGUGAUGAGGUUGAUGAACAGAUGCAGCAGGUUCUUGAGGCUCAGAUUGCCGCAGAGGAAGAAUGUGUCUCUCUGCUCGAGAGCUUCUCCAUGGAGGCAUCGACUGAAGCAGAUCAGAUAAUAGAGAAGGCGCAACUAUUGUAUGAAGAAGAAAUGGACAAGUGGCUAUCGUCUGGUGAAGCCUUGGAGGGAAAGAAGAUGGAGCUUGAAAUUGAAUCGCAAUUGGUGAAUGAAGCUCGUGAAGUGAUGAAUAGCUCCAUUGAGCAUUCUAUUGAUGAUGAUAGGCGAGAAAAAGAAGAUCUUUAUGAAAAGAAGAGCAAGUUGAUGGGUGAAUUGGAGGAGCUACUUGCUUUGGUAAAAGCGAAGGAGAAGGAGAUAGCAGAAAACGAUGCUAAAAUUGAAGCUGUUGAGAAUCGGAUUGCUGGUGUCAUUACUGAAUUUGAGGAAGCACAGUCGAACAUUGUUGAGAACUAUGAGAGAUUGCAGUUGAACCUCUCACAGAUUGACAUGGAAAGUAAGGAUCUUUCAAUGAAAAAGAAGGAGAUUGAUGAGACUCGCUCACAGGAAGAGGAUAAGGGAAAUAAGAUCAGGGAAAUCGGCACAAAGUGUGCAGAUGAGGCCAAAGCUUAUAUUGAGGUUGCUGGACUAAGAAAAGGCUUGAUGUUGUCCAUACUAAAGUUCAGAGAAAAUAAACUUGGGCUCGUGAAGACUGAGGAAAAGCUUUCCGAUGAUGUCCAGAAGCUCCGCCAAGAGGCUGCUUCAGCAAGAGCUUCUCUACAGGAACUAUCCUCAACAAAGUCGAGUCUUCAGCAAGAAAUAGCAUCGAUAGAGCAGAGGAUUCUUUUCAUAGACAAGAGACUCCCAGAGCUAGAGGCUGAGAAAAAGGUUGCAGCUGCUGCGAGGAACUUCAAAGAAGCUGCACGAUUAGCUGCAGAGGCGAAGUCAUUGAGCACCGAGAAGGAAGGGGUGCAAUCAGAAGAGGAAAGAACUACUGCAGAGCUCGGGAAGCUCGAAGAAGAGAUUAAGGGAACUGUCAGCAGGUUGCAGGAGGUUGAGGAGCAGAUCCUGUUGAAGGAGAAGGAGGUAUCAGUAGCAAGGAUCAAGAGGUUGCUUAUAACUGCCGGUGCUGCCAAAGCAGAGAAAGAUGCUGCUAUGGAGCUGGGUGACCUUGAAGAGGCAAACCUCCUAAUGGCAGAGGUCGAGGCAGCGGAAUCAGAGGCCAAAAGGCUUCUCCCGGUAUAUGAUCAUAAGGAGGAAGAAUUCAAUGAUUUGCCGAGACAUUUCAUUCCUUUGGAACUCUUGUCCAAUCUCGGUGGUAAGCAGUUAGCAGAAGUCGCCUCGUCCGCUGGCCUUUCCACGGAGUGAUAUGAUUAGAAACACAGAAGUGAAGUAAAUUUUUGCAGCAAUAGACUGGAAAAAGGUCGUCUUCCCCAAAUCGAGGGGUAUACAUUUGUGGAGCAGAAAUACUUGUCUGGUUUUCUCCUAGUCCUUCAAUGAACUCAAGACAUGACAGCCGCAGGACUCUUCCAUUUCACAACGGGAUUGGAUAUCUGUUCUUCUGUUAGAUGACUCCAUAACAUGAAGCCCCGCUGCACAUGGGCGACCCCAAAGUACAUGCUCAAACGCUCAAUUACUUGAUCACUGUUUUUCAGCCAAAAGAAGCUCCUGGUUGGAGCCAUGUAUUAUUUUUUGUGAAUAUUGGAAUGAGGCAGAUUUUUUCGGGAUUGAUGUUGGUUUUGAUGGAAUAACAGUUCAUUUGACCAUCUCAUUC